GCGAUACCGGCUACCUGCUGUUUACAUCGGCAUCACAGCAAAGAGCCAUUGGGAUAACGACAACGCUAACGUUAGAGAGCAGCCCUUUGGGUGAGCUUAUCUAGAAAGCAAAAGAAAUUAACCAGAAAUGACUAGGGGAAACCAGCGUGAACUUGCCCGACAGAAGAACGCCAAGAAGCAGAAUGAUCAGGGCAAAGGCAAGCGCAAUGAAGACGGCCUCUCGGCGCAAGCGAGAAAGCAGAGGGAUGCUGAAAUAAUGCAACAGAAGCAGAAAGCAGCCAAUGUCAAGAAAGACACCAGUACAAAGUAGCUGCAUGCCACCACCACCCUCAUAAGAUCACCUUUUGGUUCCCGAUACCCCAUGUGUCUAUAAUUAUAGAUUUGGGUACUCAUGUGUUACUGUCCCAGAAAGCAGAGCGUUGUGUAACCGUGAGGGUGUUUUUUUUCCUUUCUUAUUUUUGUGUCCCUUCUAAUGAAGCAGACUCUUGGUUGAAUGAGGAUUUGGCCAUUAUUUUUCACCACAGUGCACAGGUCUAAGUUAUCUUGAUCAGUAUUUUACAAUGUAAACAAAAGCUGCAAGAAUUCACAGACCACUCCAUUUGCUUGGAAGUAUUUACCAACCCUGUAUUUUUGUAACCUCUUCCUCCCUUUCUGCCUCAAAUUUGAAUUGUAACAUAAUAAAGUGUAAACCUU